AUGGCGUCCGCAACGCCUCUGUCGCCGACCUCCCACCAGACGUUCAAGUUUCCCGCGUUCCAGCCCGACCACCUCCCGACCCACGACGAGGAGCCGUUCGGCCAGAGCUCCUCGAGAUCCCCGAGCCCCAAUCCCAGCUAUGCCUCCAGGCCGAACGGGAACGUGACUGCAGACCGUUGGCAGGCGCGGAAGGGGUCAAAUCCAUACUGGUCUAAUGCCAACUCUGCGGCGGCGGCGUCGAGGCAUGGCCAUGGCAGGCAGAAGAGCUUGGGUGAGGCCUUUAGGACAAUACGAACAAGACGGGGGAGCGUGAGCCAGAACGCGCAUGAGAUUGCAGAUGCAUUGAAGGCGCCUGUCUCCCCUAGGCUCAUUAUGCUGUGCGGAAUAUGGUACAUGACCUCUAUCCUCUCCAAUACUUCGUCAAAAGCCAUCCUCACAGCGCUUCCGAAACCCGUCACUCUCACGAUCAUACAAUUCGCAUUUGUGUCGUCCUGGUGUAUAUUCCUGGCGGCACUGGCGAAAAGGUGGCCUCGAUUGAAAGUUUAUAUACCUGUUUUGAAAUUUGGGAUAAGACCCCCGACGAAGGAGCUCAUCAUGACCACCCUUCCUCUAACUCUCUUCCAAAUCGGUGGCCACAUUUUGAGCUCCGACGCGAUGUCCCGCAUUCCCGUCUCGCUCGUCCAUACCAUCAAGGGGCUCUCCCCUCUUCUCACGGUGCUUGCAUAUCGAAUCUUUCUCAACAUCGAGUAUUCGACCCCUACGUAUCUCUCUCUGAUCCCUCUCACCUUGGGCGUCGUUCUGGCAUGCUCGGCCGAUUUCAACGCAAAUUUCCUAGGGCUCGUCUACGCGUUUGGCAGCACCAUACUAUUCGUCACACAGAAUAUUGUCUCAAAGAAAAUAUUCAACGAGGCAGCGGCGGCCGAAGCAGAAGGCAUAGCUCCCACAAGAUUUUCUAAGCCGGAUAAGCUUAACUUGCUCUGCUAUUCCAGCGGCCUCGCAUUCAUUUUCACGCUCCCUAUUUGGGUCUGGUCUGAGGGAUUCGGGCUCCUCUCCGACUUCCUGCAAGACGCGUCUAUCGAUCUUUCCAAUCGCGAGGGCCGGCUAGAUCACGGGCAGCUUACCAUGGAAUUCAUUUUCAACGGCUUGUUCCACUUCGGCCAGAACAUUGUCGCCUUUAUCCUCCUCUCCAUGGUCUCACCUGUUACAUACUCUGUAGCCAGUCUCAUCAAGCGGGUUUUCGUCAUCGUUUUCGCGAUCCUCUGGUUCGGCAAAAAUAUGUCUCCGACUCAAGGAUUUGGCUUUGCCCUUACAUUUCUCGGGCUCUACCUAUACGACAGGAUGUCGGAUGGAGAUAAAGCCGAUCGAAAGGCGCGGUUACUCCAAUCGCGACAAAUCGGUACCUUGCUGCCCAUUACGACGGACAAACUUACCCCCGCUUAUAGCGCUUCUCCCGUGGUAAUGAGCGCUGGCCCUGGACCAAACGGUACCCCUGAUUUUUCAUCACGGGACGAGAAACGCAACGAUGACGCGGGCGGGCGACCGCGUGGCAUGAGUGGAAGGUGGUUGCCGCCGGGCACGAAGCAGGAGGAUACCUGGCGGGCCAACGGCCUCGGUCCAGCCCCUGGCAAGGGUGUUGCUGUGACAUAG